AUGGCAAAUGAAUUGAACUCCUCAUUACAAAGAAUGGAUCAAGAUAUUGUCAAUUCUAUGGGACUCCUCGCUCUUACAAAGCAAAGAUUGCAAGAGAUGGGGGAUAGUGAAUUUGAAUCAUUAAAGGAUGAUGUUUCUUCCUUCUGUGAUAAACAUGAAAUAAUAAUCCCGAAGAUGGACGCUCGCUACUUUCCCGGAAAGUUAAAGUGUAGAGCUCUUGAUGUUACAUACUCUCAUCAUUUGCGUGUUGACAUAUUUUAUGAUGUCAUUGAUUUGCAUCUUCAAGAGCUUAACAGUCGUUUUGAUACUGUGAGUACUGACUUACUUCUCGGUAUGGCUUGUUUAAAUCCAGCUAAUUCAUUUGGUAAUUUUGAUAAGAACAUGAUAAUGAGGUUGGCUGAACAUUAUCCAAAGGAGUUUGAUAGCAGCAAGCUUCGAGAUCUCAGUUGCCAGCUUGAUAAUUUUAUAGUUUAUGUCCGUGGUUCUGACAAGAGGUUCUUCAACAUGAAGGGAAUUAGUGACCUUGCUAAAGUGUUGUUGACUCUCAUUCUUCCUGUUGCUGCUGCUUCUGUGGAACGAGCUUUCUCAUCUAUGAACUACAUAAAAAAUGAGCUUCGUAACAACAUUGGUGAUGAAUUUUUAAAUGGUUGUUUAGUUUGCUAUGUAGAGCGUAAGAUAUUUGCAACUGUAAGCAAUGAUGAUAUUAUUGAUCGUUUUCAACGUAUGAAAAGUCGUCGAGCACAGUUGUAA